AGUAAUCGAUCUCCGAGUUAACCAAUCACAAAUGGCUGAUUUUUCGUCCAACGCAGGAGAUCUGAUUGUUCCGAUUCCAACUUCGGAAUGGGGAUAUCGACCUUUCGCCGUUCUGAUGUGGGACGGAGAAGCCGGCGCGCCACUAGCUACUCUGUUCGCUCAGGUUGCUCUGUUCGCCGUAUCAUUGUGUCUACAGAAAUCGACGUUAUGUUCAAAAUACGAUCAUAGUGGAAUAAAAACGGCGAUCUUGUACCAUAUCUGCACCGUCCUGCUAUGCUAUACGAAACGGUGGAGUCGGUGGAGUGGGCGAGGAUUCUCCCGUAGAAGAUGCGGCGUUGAGGUAAAUUUAAUAGCAAACUUCAUAUGCUUGAUUCUUGGAACUCUUCUUGAGAAGUUUUAUGAGAAAUCAUUGGCUAGCCUCUGUUUUGGACUCACCAUGACAAUCUUGUUCUUAAUUUUGCUUGUAAUUAUACGACCGAGAACCGACCUUGGGUUCUUUGGUUUCCUAGUCGGAGCCACUGGAUCGGUUGCUUACGACCUCUUCGAACUCAAGCUCGGGACCUGGGUAGUGCUUGCCAUCUGCUUUCUACCAUUAGCUUUCAAGUGUUGGCUAGAUAAGCACUGGUUAGGGCAGGGGUCGGAAGAGUAUCUCAAAAGAUAUUCCAUGUCAGCACAUAAAAGCUUCAAUCCGGUUUUGGGUCAUGUAAUUCAAAGAAUUGACGCACUAAUGGUAGCGGGUUUAUACCUUGUUUGGGCGUAUAUUAUACUGAGCACCAAUUGUUUAAAUUCGGAAUCUUGCGCCUCAUGUUCUGCAAUGGAAAAGCUCAAAUGCGGGGCCAUUUACGGUUUGUGGUUGUCCCCUGCUCAUAUCCAUUGUAUACAUUGUAUACUGAAAACUCAAAUGAGGAAAGUUGAGUAAAAGAAAGAAAUAAAAGAUCGUUAGUCUGUGUAAGAAAUAGAGGUUAAAAACAGGUUUGGUGUACUAAUUAGUACAAUAAAUUGGUAUGUAAAGGGUAGAGUAUCAUUGUACUCCGCAUUAAUAAAAUUUUACUUUUUUC